AUGUCUACUCUUACAAGAACCAGUUACUCUGGUUGUCUGAUCUCAGAUAAAUCACUAGAGUAUUAUGUUAGUAUCGGCUACUUGACCGAUUCUGUCCGCCACACUUGGAUCAUCCUUUCGGUCGUCAACAGCAUUGCUUCUCCACUGACCAUCGUGAUUAACCUGUUAAUCAUUUGGACGGACACGAAUCUGAGAAAAGUCAACUACAACAUCUUGCUUGCUGCUCUGGCAGUGACUGAUUUGAUUGUAGGUCUUGUGGUAGAGCCUCUGUUCGCUUCUCGUCUGUUUUGUAUUCUCCAAGGAUGUUCAACAGCGUGUAUUUUCCCCGCUUAUUUCAUAAUGUCGGUCAUGUGCGCUGGUGCUACGCUGAUAAUAUUCAUGGUGUCCAGUGUUGAGAGGUACCUGGCCAUAGAACACACUCAGUUCUACCUGGAAAACGUCACAACCAAGAAAAUCAUUCUCACUACGGCCUUAGCGUGUUUGAUCGGUUUGCCUUCGACCUUGUCUGCAAGAAUACUUUUGAACGACUGCGACCGAUUUAAGCAAGUACCAGUCGCAGUGGCUGUGGGUCUAAAUGUUCUCAUCAUUUUAUAUUGCUCAAUCAAAGUACAAGUCACCGCUUACCGUCAAAGAAGAGCCAUCAACGCACAAGCAGCGACAGUACAGCUACAACAGGAAGAACAAGAAGAGCAGGAAAGGCGACUUAAGGAAUACAAGCGAGCAUUUACCAUGGGUGUAUUAGUCCUUGCAUCGAUUCUUCUCUACUGCCCAUACAUCAUCAACACCAUCCUACUAGCCACAAUUGUUGUAGACAGGUCCAGCCUUAUCUCAACUCCUGGAUUUGACGUGACGUUCAUCCAUCUACAGUCCCUGUUGAACCCGAUCAUCGUAUCGCUUCGAUUAUCUUACAUUCGUGAAGGUGUGAAGAACAAGCUAUGUUGUCGUGAGUAA